CAUUCAUUUAGUUAGAACUGGGAGCUCAUAAUAUUCAAACGUUCCGCUGUUAAAACAAUGAAAAAUAAAACAGCUCUGGUCUGUAUCCUUGUGGUACUUACCCUUGGAUGGGUAUACGAAGGCAGCGUCCGCGCAGAUAGCGACAGUGACAGCGACAGCAGCAGCAGCAGCAGUGGGGAGCAUAAAUAUAAAUACAAAGCAAAGAAGAACAAGAACAAAUAUAACUAUCCGGCGUAUCCGAGUCCAAACGCGUACAAUCCGUAUCCCUAUCCAUACCCACAAAACAACUACAACCCAUAUCCGUACAAUCAGAUCAUGCCGCCUUACCAGCCGAACAGUUAUCCUUACAAUUACCAGUUUAUGCCACCGUAUCCACCAUAUCCUGGGAAUUCGCCAGCGGCACCGGCUCCGCCUGUAGGUCAAAAUCCCAACUGGAACAACUAUAAUGGACCACCAAGUCAACAACCACCUGUCGCUCCGGGACAGGGCCCACAACCACCAGCCUCAAGUGUAAUAAAUCACUCUCUAAAAGUCAACAAGGAAUACAACGAAGACGGACACCAUACAAAUUAGGAAUGUGAAAUAAAUGUUCAUGCAUCUAUGAAUGUUUAUGCAGA